UCAUUUUGGUUUGAUAUUUACACUGUAUUUCAAAGUGGCACAUGAGUAAUGUGUGUUUUGCAAACUCCAACACAUAGUAAGUCUGUAUCUUGAUAAAUAUUUCGAGGUGACCGGUGGAAUAACAAAAACAAGAUAACUCUCUUGUUCCAAGGCGUCCAGUGCCACGAGGCAGAUAGACAUCCCUGACAAAGAAGGACGUUGUACUUAUGCUGUGUUCCUUGUCACAACUGAACCCUGGUACACUGCUGCAGGGACCGGAGCCCAUCUAUAACAUCAAGCUUGUCGGGUUCCUGAAUUCUUGACGUGGUCCAUCUCGCAUAUAACAUGAACACACUUCUGAUACUGAUGUCAUGCUUGACUCUCCAGACUGCCACAUCAACAUCAACAACUGGUGUUGCCAACAGCGAUGCAACAGAGGUCACUCUCACCAGUGAGACGGCCACAACGAUGACCAAUAGCCAACCAACAGACAGCAAUGACCAAGUGAAAGAUUACAGUAAAGUCACAACGUCCUCAGCUGCAGCUUCAGCAGCAACAGCAGCCACACACCCAGAGGACCCUCCCUACACUGUGCUGGGCUUUACUGACAGAAAUGUAUACAAUUACAUUAUGUUUGGAACGACGUGUGGAAGUAUGUUCAUCCUUGUUAGCACAGCCUGCAUAUGUGCAGCGUGUCAGCAGGCCAAGCAAAGAAGACCAGUGAAAUAACACUCGCAGUCGAGUACCAGAGGAAUUAACAUAACACGAUAUAACAGUCCUGCAGACAGACUUUCACCUCAGAACAGAACAAGAAUGUGACAGAAAAUCAAACCACGUGUCUCAUAUCUAUAUCACAGACACGCUACAUUAUCCAUGACCCUUUCUAUUUCUCAAAUGCAACCACAUCUCUUCUGUUAAGCCAUUUGUCAACGAUUUAAUGUCAUUCUAUGUCAUACAUAUGUACAUCCACUACUGUAUAUAGUCAACAGUCAACAAAGUUAACUCUUAAAAACGUUGUCUUGUGCUUCAACAGGAAUACAAGCCAGUGGGUGUUCUGGGUUAGAAUUGUUCCAUGUGUGCUAGUCGUAAGAGGCGACCAAAUGGAUCGGGUUAUUGGGCUGGUGACAUGUUUGAUUGCAAAACAAACAAAACUAAACAAAAACAUUGUAUGCUACUUCUGGUCAAAGGGAUAUGUGUUGAUAAUAUAAUCAAAGAUGUUUGAUUGAAUAAAUUCAUAAGAGUUAUGUAUCUCAUAGGUUGGUAAGGUUUAAGGUUAAACUUAUUUAGCACUUAUGAAUGUGACCAGACAAUUGUAGUUUGGUUUAGCGGAAUCAUUUACCAGGAGUAGAACUGUACACAAAAAUAAAGAAAAAAAAACAAAAAUAUCUAUUAUAUAAUAUUAAAUCGGUUUUCUUUUAUCACAUCAUCUCUCAAAGGUGCUGCACGUUCACAAAUGUAAUCCUGUGAUUUGAAGUAGAAUAAUGCACAAUAACUAUCAGCAAGAAAAUUACCCCAAGGUAAGAUAUACUAGUAUAUAAAUAUGUAGUACAUAUACUACACUGUCAUGGUCUUCCUGCAAGUAAAACACAAGACAAACGACGAUAACGAUGUCUGUUUGUCUUACUUUGCGUAGAUACUUUGGUUGGACAUGCAAAUAGCGUUGGAGCUUCACCUGGCAAUAUUUUGUCACUCAGUUUUCACAAGCUGUUUUGUCAAAUAGCUGGAAGAAAAUCAAAAUCAUCAUGAACGAACGAAGGCACUUAGCUAAAUGUGUACGGUAUCUCAGAAGUUCGAAGCUGUACAAGAGAUCGACCUAGACAACUGACUCCAUCUGAUCCCGAGUCAUAACGUCAUUCCAUGGAAUGGCACUAUUCCACUUCUCCGGCAUCAAACACAUUCAAGUUUUCAAGAUCAGUGAGGAAAGUUGAGGCCACUGCAUUUUGGGAUACAAAGGGUGUGAUCCUUGUUGAUUGAUUACUGGAGAUUUUAUCAAAGAAAUGCGGUGAGUUCUACUACAUCAUGACAAUGCCUCUUCUCACACCUCUCGACUUGCAGAGUCUCCGUGCGACAAUGUAGGUUCAAAGGGCUUCCUCAUCCUCCAAACUCGCCAGACAUGACACAAAGUGAUUGUCACCUGUUUUCUAAACUGAGAGAACACCUUUGUGGAAAGCGCUAUGACGACAACGAUGACAUCAAGGCUGCAGUGAAUGUUUUUGGUUGUUGUUUUUCAGAUGGGUUCAGAAAACUUGUUCCUGACUGGAAUUGAAAAGCUCCCUAUCGAUAUGAUAAGUGUAUUGUAAAGCAGGGAGAUUCUGUUGAAAAAUAUAAUUAAAAACAAUUUCACAAUCGUUGGUUUUGUUUGUUGCGAUUAGAUCUUUUUGACCAGCCCUCUUAGGAAUUUUAUGUGCCUUGUUUAAAAGGUAAUAUCAUGGAUAGGGAUAUUUCCGUUUGUAAUACAAAAGGUAUGAGUAGUAAUCUCACCAACAGAGAGUGCUCAGCUGAUGAGCUGUUGAAACAGACAAUUACUGAAUAUCAUUUGAACUUGUAUUUAUUCUUUCACAGUGCAGGUACAAUUGUUAACAUGUCGAAUGGUUUUACAAUCGGCACAAAAGAUAAAAAGCAUUCAAUUUACAAAACAAUAUAGUACACACGUACGUUAGCAAGUAACAGAGUUAUCGUGGCUGGGGUGACACAGUGACACUACCUGGUAGACACUGGUUUGUCAUAUCUGUGAUGCAUGGACGUGUUGCUUAAAGGGUUGUUGUCUAUGUUAAUAUUAUAUUCACAACUGAAGUUAUUGGGAUAGGUCAAUGUCAAGACCUGCUUUGUCUGCCCCAAUCCUCCCAGCAUCCGACGCCCACCCACCAC